UACCAUAUAAACACGCAUGCGCUCUCAUAACUGAAGAACCAAUAUACAGCUCGAUCGAAGCGCUCAUCAGGACCCAGGUGCGCGCAGUGAGACUGAACAGCCAGCGCCGAUACCCAUGAUGGCCAUGGCGUCGAAAGGGGGAAUCCUGCUGGUGAUCGGGGUCGCCAUAGCGAGCGUGCUCGCCUCUGGCGCGCCGCCUGUCCAGCCGCCGCGUAUCCCAGCCGACCUCGUCGUGAUGGGCUUCGUGCCCUGCAACAAUGGCACGUCCAUGAGAACGGGCUCUGCUCCAGGGUUCGCAGGCGCGGUGGUGCAGCUGCGGUGCACGGACGCCGCUGCCGACCUGGCGGCGAACGCGACGGCGGACGGCAAGGGGAGAUUCCGCAUGGCGGUGAACACGACGGUGGCGCUGUCGAGCGUGGCCGGACACUGCGAGCUCGUGGUGGGCACCCCGCUGGCCUCCUGCAACGCGACGCUCCCAGCGUCCGGGACGCUCCGCUCCGGCCUCCGGCUCCUCGUCAGCAUCGUCUUCUUCCCCCGGGGCUUCUCCUACGUCGCGCCGUCUGCUUAGGUUGGUCCACUUCGGGUGGGUGUUGUGCUGUUGUGUCGUCACCCUCACCCAAAACGAUUUCCAUAUACGUGGGCCAAUCUCCUUCACAAAAAAUAUAUACUCCCUCCGUUCUAAAUUACAGGUCGUUUGAUUUUUUCAACUCAAGUUAGUUUAACCACUCGUCUUAUUCAAAAAUUUAUGCAAAACAUCAUUUUCUUUUGCCGUGGCUUGCUUUAUGAAUACAAGUUUUUCAAAAAUGACUUAAAUUUGACUAUGUUUGCGCAAAUUAUUUAAUAAGACAAGCGGUCAAAUUUGAUAUCAAAAAAGUCAAACGACCUGCAAUUUGGAACGAAGGGAGUAUAUGCGUGUGUGUGUGGGGGGGGGCAUAUAGAGUGGUCAAGGCCACACUGAAGUACAAUAUAGUAUAUGUGAGUCUGUAAAUAUGUAAAGCAUCAUGUAUGCAUGCUCAAUUGCUCGUGCUAAAUUGUAAUGAUAAUAAAAAAUAGAUAAUUUCCAGAGAUUGGGCCUAAUCAACAUGCAUAUCGUGGAUGGGCUGGGCCAGCCCGCCUACGAUACACUUCAGCCCCCCGUAUUUAAGAUUCACGCUCCCAUCCCGCACUAGAACCCUAGCUCCCGUCGCCGCCGCCGCCGCCGCCGCCGUCACCGCCGCCGCCGCGGUCACACAACAAUGGGUAUCGACCUCGUCGCCGGCGGCCGCAACAAGAAGACUAAGCGCACAGCGCCUAAGUCCGACGAUGUCUACCUCAAGCUCCUCGUCAAGCUCUACCGCUUCCUGGUUCGAAGGACAAAGAGCAACUUUAACGCCGUGAUCCUCAAGCGGCUGUUCAUGAGCAAGACCAACCAACCUCCGCUCUCGAUGCGCCGCCUAGUCAAGUUCAUGGAGGGCAAGGGUGACCAGAUCGCUGUGAUCGUGGGCACCGUCACCGACGACAAGAGGAUCACUGAGGUGCCGGCGAUGAAGGUGUGCGCGCUCAGGUUCACCGAGACGGCGAGGGCCAGGAUCAUCAAUGCCUGUGGCGAGUGCCUCACCUUCGACCAACUUGCACUCCGUGCACCGCUCGGACAAAACACGGUCCUCCUGAGGGGUCCUAAGAAUGCGAGGGAAGCUGUUAAGCACUUUGGCCCUGCGCCUGGAGUCCCACACAGCCACACCAAGCCUUAUGUUCGCUCAAAGGGACGGAAAUUUGAGAAGGCGAGAGGGAGGAGGAACAGCAGGGGCUUCAAGGUCUAAGUGGCGGAUAUCAGCCAAUUACGAGUAUGCUUUCUCAUAUCAUUAUGGGUUAUAAGCAUGUGGAGGUCCUACCAGUUCGGGCUUCAUGAAGAAGUAGCCUUUUGCAUUGUUCAUUGAUGAUCUCAAAACCGUCAGCUGUCUUGGCAAAGUUUGUUGAUAUGAACUCAGCGUGGAUCGUAGUUGCACAGUACGGAUACCGGCUUGCAAAAGAAAAGGUAUAAUGAAAUCCAUGGCAAUUUAUUAUUCGUGGAGAA